AUGAAAGUCGUCCUCCUCGACAAGUCAUCCUUCUGUGGUGGCAACUCUUCGAAGGCAACAAGUGGCAUCAAUGGUGCUGAGACCAGGACUCAGAAGGCACAAGGUGUACCUGACACCGUGGAUAUCUUCACUCAAGACACUCUCAAGGGCGGAGCAAAAAGGCCAGACGUUGCUAGGGUCCUUUGUGCCAACAGCGGUCCAGAUGUCGACUGGCUUGUGGACACAUUCGGCUUGGAUCUUUCUCUGCUUGCUCGAUUGGGUGGUCACUCGCAGCCACGCACGCACAGAGGGAAGGAGCGCUUCCCUGGAAUGACCAUCACCUAUGCUCUCAUCCAAUCGGUGGAAGCUGUGGUUGAAAGGACCGACUUGGCCCGCUUGAUUACAAAGGCACGUGUCACUGAAUUACUUACCAACAACGGUAUUUGCGUUGGCUGUGCCUAUGAGAAGGCAGGUCAAACCUUCAAGGAGUUUGGGCCAGUGAUCCUAGCAACUGGCGGCUUUGGGGCAGACUUUGGUUCGGACUCCUUGUUGGCGAAAUACCGCCCGGAUCUGCUGCACUUGCCAACCACCAACGGGGAGCACUGCACAGGAGAUGGCAUCAAGAUGAGUGAAGAGAUUGGUGCGAAGACCAUCGACUUAGAGUGGGUUCAGGUGCAUCCCACCGGCUUAGUGAAGCCUGACGAGCCUGAUGCGAAAGUGAAAUUCCUUGCCGCAGAGGCUCUGCGAGGCGUAGGCGGCCUCAUUCUUGAUGCCAAUGGUGACCGAUUCUGCAACGAGUUGGGCCGCCGCGAUUAUGUGACAGGUGAAAUGUGGAAGAACAAGCCUCCCUUCCGCUUGUGUCUCAACAAGAAAGCCUCAGACGAAAUCAUCUGGCACUGCAAGCACUACACAGGGCGAGGUGUCAUGAAAGCCUACUCGUCUGGUGCCGAGCUGGCCAAGGACAUGGGAAUUCCUGUCAGCAAGCUCGAAGCUGUGCAUGACCAGCACUAUCAGGCCUCCAAGAACACUGAAAAAGACCUUGAGGGCGGAAAGUGGCCAGCUUACCCCUCCGGCAAAUCCUGGGAUGAUGCGAGCGGCCCCACCGGCAGCGGCAAGAAGUUUUACCACAACGUGAUCCCCGGAUCUCAAGUUGCUUCAGAACCCUUCCAUGUUGCAUUCAUUACGCCUGUCAUUCACUACUGCAUGGGGGGUGUUGAAGUGAAUGAGAAAAGCGAGUGCAUCGGCUUGAAGGGUGCAAUUCCAGGGCUCUAUGCUGCGGGAGAAGUUGCAGGAGGCGUCCAUGGCAACAAUCGUCUUGGUGGGAACUCCUUGCUGGACUGCGUUGUGUUUGGUCGCGUUGCUGCAAAGGAAGCUGCAGCAUAUGGCCUGGGCUUACCAGUCGAUGCUUUGCCCAAGGUGGACUUGGCAGAGUUGAAAGCCUUGCCUGUGAAAAAAGCAACCGCUCCAGAAACAAAGAAGGAGGCUGCAGCAGCCCCAGCUGCUCCAGCGGCUAAGGCUGGCAACUUGUCCACACCACUGCUUUCGAAGGACUUGGAAGCGGGUGGUGCAACAGCUUCCCAGUCCAUGUUGCCGAGCAGAUCCGCCAUAAUGUGGCAACUGCAGACUUUGGAUUGGUCCAUGUGGGCGAUUCUGGUCAUGAGUUUCCUGUGCGCCAUUGCGGCCGUAUGGUUCUGGCUUACUGAGCCGAAUGUGAUCACUAUCUGCCAGGGAACAGAUUGCCCGCGCGACAAGUGA